UUUCAAGAUCAAAGCUGAAUCUAAUACGGAGGAAUUGCGGGAGAUAAAGGAAGUAGAACGACGGCCGUACGGGAGGAAGCAGAAAUGGAAUCGAUGACUAAAGAGGACUCCUCGGAGAAAGACGAAAUGGUUUCGCUGUUUGAGGGGAUGGUUCUCUUCAAUCCGAGUGCAGACGUCGGGCAAUUGUCCACCGUGGCCGAUGCCGAUACAUCAGCUUCUUCCCCGUCUACAUCUAUGCAGCUUCCUGCUGUAUCCAAUGAACCCCUUGAUGAGAACCUUUUCUCGGAUCUCACUCUGAUGACUCCCUCUCAAUCUCUACUGCUCGAAGAAGAAGAAGAAGGUGAAACCCAACCUCCAUCUGAUCUGCCGGCACUAUAUCGGCAGAGUUCCAGUAGGAGAAGAAAAAAAGCUGGUUUAAGGAUAGGAUAUGGCAGAGAUAGAGAUUAUGCUUCUGACGACCGACCACAAUCUCACCCCUUGCCCAAUAUCCAUCUCAAUGAGAUAGGAUCCGCAUCCCACGAAGAACAAAAGCUCGAAGAGGAAGCUGAGGAGUGGAGGCAGCAAGAAAACAAUAUCCCCUCUUCUAUUCCUGCAGCCACAGAGCAGGAUUCCAAUGGCACUGACUCUGACAGAAAUGGUAAUUUGGCGUCGGUUACUCCUAUUUCGGAAAACAUGGAUGCUAGUCAUCUAAAUGCUAAAGCAGACCCUGUUGAGUUGAAAUUCGAGCAAAUCAGGGCCAGCAUUGCAGACAAGCUGAAGUUGGCGCGGGAGGCGGUAGUGUCGGUCUCCGCAAUGCGGAAAGAAUCUAUCCGUAGGAGAAGAAAAGCUGUCGACGACUUCAAUGGGGCAUCUUCCCGCCAUAGAGAGUUGGAGCAGAAGCUGGAUGAAGCUUGUGAGGCAGAGGAUUUUGAGACCGCUGAAAGGGUCAGUGAAAAUCUUGCUUUGGCAGAGAAGGAGAAGGAUCGGUUGGUCAUCCUGCUCAAAGAUGCCGAGACACACUGUGAUGUCGUUGACACUAAGAUGCAGGAGGUUCUUGACUCACUUAUUCAAGCUGAGGAGGAAUGUGUUUAUUUGCUAAGAAGAUUUUCAGAGAUGAGAUGGCAGUCCCAUUAAAUGGCUCAUGAGGCGGAACAUCUGGCACACCAAAGUAAGUUGGGUAAGUGUUCAUUACUUCAGAAGUGGAGCCAAGUGGAAGAAAUUAAAGAGAAUUUGCGUAAGAUGAUCCAAGAUCAUAUAGGAAAAAACUUGUGAACUGUCUAUUCUAGGUAAGGUAAUGCUACUUACCCCAGCAAGAGCAGAUACAACAAAAACAAAUUUUGUUUUUUCAUAUGGAUAUGGACUUGCUAGAUACUCUGGCGUAAUAUAAUUAUGCAUUUCCAUUAUUUCUUAAGUCACGUAAACAAAUGCAUUGUAUAAAGUAAUUAUUCCUCUUGAACUUUUUCAAAUACUGUUUGUCACCAUCUAAAAAAAAUAAUUUCAAAUGCUGUUCUCAAAAGAAAAAAGAAAAGAAAAGGAUCUUCUGAACUAUUGUAUUUCUCGUGUUGUAAGUUUUACUAAAUACUGGAAACACGUAUUGAUGUUAGAACCAUUUAUUGUGUGUAAAGUAUUUUCAGCUGAUUUAAUUCAGAUAGAUUGAAA